AAUACAUAUAAAAAUGUAUAUAGUUUAAUUGUAUAAGACGACUCUUAUGAAAUAUGUAAUUCGUUUGAUUAAGAAAAUGAACUUGGCUAUAUAACGAGAGACAAAUAUUUAAUAAUUUAAAUGUUUUAUAAAACAAUGUGUAAUUAUUAAAUAUGUACAGGUUCUAGUAUGGAAACCAACAUAUGAUAAAAAAUCCUAUUUUAUUGUGACAUUUCAUAAGAUGAAUUAACUACACCGACUUCAGCGUGCAUGUCGGUGGUUGUGUUUCGUACUUUGCUAGGAAAACAUUGUUUUUAAUUGGAAUUUUGCAUACUUUCACAAUUUAAUACAAUAGCUCGUAUAAAAGAAGGUGACAUACACUGUGAUAACUGUCAAACAAGUUAAUUGUUAAAUAAAUUUCAAGGAGGUAAUGAGUCGUUUAUUCUAACCUAAUAAGAUACACGCUGCCUUUCCUCGUCUGACUUUCAAAAAAACGUCAACAAACUGUUUUUACGGGAUAACAGUAAGAAAGAUGUCAAGUGCAGAAUCCUUAGCUGAAGUAACAGAUGUAGUUCAAAUUCUUCGACAAUGGGAAGAGGAACAUUCAUCACCUACAUACGACCCAAUUCCAACGCUUCAAAGAUUGGCAGAGAUUAUAGAACUUGAAACAGAAAACUAUUUAAAGAUGGAUCCAGAUCCAUUUGAUGAAAGACAUCCAUCGCGUACAGAUCCAGAGUGUAAUUUUGGACACAUAUUAAAAGUUUUGUUUAGGAAAGAUAAUUUUAUGACUAAGCUUAUAAAUGAUUAUUUGAGAGACACUUAUUGGUCUCGUGCUGGUAUCACAGGUCGUGAUGUUAGGAAACUAAAUAUUGCAGCUUGUCGUCUUAUGCUUGAUAUUCUUCCUGGCUUAGAAACUUCUGCAGUAUUUCAGCCAGAUAUGGAAGGACUUACCCAUCGUCUUUUUUCAUGGGCAGAAAAAAGCAUAGAGCCAUUACAAAGUUAUGCAACUGGACUGGUAGCUGCUGCAAUGGAAGUUCAGGAAAUUGCUACGGGAUUUAGAGAACAAAAUGCAAAAAUGGUUCCUUUGAUGCUACAAAGGCUUCAUAAAUUACAAGAAAAGAUGCAGGAAGAUAGACAACUUGCAGCCAAUAGUAGACCAUUUGCACAUUUUGGGCAAGAUAGAAAUAGCGGAGGGGAUGGGGAGAAUAAGGGUGUUCCUGGGAAAAGAAAAGUUCGAGAAAAACGGAAAGAAAAUGGUGUUCUCAAAAGCCCUAGUCAUAGUAAUUAUUAUUCUGAGGAUGAAGAGGACUAUGUUCCAUCAGAUGAUUCAGCUCCUUUACCUAAAAAGAAGAAAAACAGUAUCGAAUGUGAAACUCCCAUAAAAAGUGACGUUAUGUAUCCAGAAAUAAUGUCUCCACCCCUGUCUGUGCCAAAGAAUUCCAAUUCUAAUAAUCAAGUAACACCGUCUAAGACGCAAAGCACUCACAGCAGAUCGUUGAACAUUUCUUCAGCACGUUGCAAUUUGCAGAAAAACUCUGCAUCAUCUACUCAAAAUUCCGUUACACCAUCUACGUUAUUAGAGGGAAAUUCAAACUCUUCAUGGGCAGAAAUGGAAUCGUAUGUGAUUGGAAAUGUACAGAUACAUCCACCAACGUUGGCUACAAGACAGAUGCUGAUAUUAAGGUAUCUUACACCGAUGGGUGAAUAUCAAGAAUUCUUAGGUCAUGUAUUUGAACAAAAUGCUUUGGAACUAAUUCUCAAAUAUAUCAAUGUUAGAGAAACCAAGGACAGUCGCCUAGCAUUUGAAGCUUUAAAAUACUUAGCUUCUCUUCUAUGUCACAAGAAAUUCUCUAUUGAAUUCCUUAAUGUUGGAGGUUUACAAAAAUUGUUGGAUGUUCCAAGACCCAGUGUCGCGGCUACUGGUGUUUCUAUUUGUUUAUACUAUUUAGCAUAUUGUGAAGACGCAAUGGAGAGAGUGUGCCUGUUACCAAAACAUGUUAUUUCGGACCUUGUUACCUACGCAUUAUGGCUUCUAGAACGAAGUCACGAUUCUGGAAGAUGCCAUGCAACAAUGUUUUUUGGAUUUUCGUUUCCGUUUAAAGUAAUACUAGAAGAAUUCGAUGCACAGGAUGGGCUUCGAAAACUUUUCAAUGUGAUAUCCACUCUACCGAUCUUGAACAUAGAAGAGGAGCCAGCACUUAACGAUGACGAAGAGUGUGCUUCUAGACAGAUCGUUAGACACGUUGCAGUAGCUUUAAAAAGAUACAUGGAAGCUCACUUACAUCUCAAAGCGGAGCAGUUACAAAGAGCAGAGAAUAUUAGAGCAGAGCGUGACACCUGGCAGCCAUCGUUACCACCUUACAAAGCUUGCAAAUUAAGUAGCGAAGAAGUGCAAGCAAAAGUAGAAGUUCUACAAGAAUUGAUGUCUGUAAGAGCAGUAUGGCCACCAGUAGAAGAAUUAUAUCGCCUGGGUGGUAUAACGCUUCUACUACAAAUUAUUGCUUUCGCUAGAGAAUGGAAUUAUAGUGGUCGAGUUCACACAACUUCCAGUGCAGAAACAGUUCGCUCAUGUUUGGAUGUCAUAGCUAUAUGUUCCAUAGUGCCAAAAGUGAUGUUGUUACUUUGCGAAAGAGUAGACAUGCCAGACAUGUCAAUGACUAUGGCAAUUAAUUUACUCUUAGCUGCGGCUGAAUGUGAAAUCAUCGCAGAUCCUGAUGUACAAAGAGCUGCGUUAAGAGCUGUAAUUAACUGUGUCUGCGCUCCGAUAAAUAGGAUUGGUGGAAACGUGGCCAGAUACUCGGUGACUGGCUCCGCUAAGAAGAAAGCAAAUAUUAAUAAUAGCGAAGAGUUAAUACAAAAGAUUUGGGAAAGCGUGAGAUCAAAUAAUGGAAUAAUGGUUUUGUUGCAGUUGAUGAUGGUUAAAACACCUAUCACUGAUGCGGAUAGCAUAAGAGCAUUGGCGUGUCGUGCUUUAGCGGGGCUAGCACGCAGUGAGAAAGUAAGACAGAUAAUUAGUAAACUUCCAAUGUUUACCGAUGGACAGAUUCAAGCUCUUAUGAAGGAUCCUAUACUCCAAGAGAAAAGACAGGAACACGUUACGUUUCAGAAAUAUGCUUUAGAGCUAAUGGAAAGAGUUUCUGGGAAAGCAAAACCUACCGGAGCAGAAUAUGAAAUUUCUUUGGCCAGUUUACAUCGAGCAAACGUAGUAGCCCAAACUAGAAUACAAUAUAACGAGCAACAAUUGAAUCAUUUAAUAUACCAACAUUUAGUAUCGAAAGGGUUAACAGAAACUGCUUCGACACUUCAUAGAGAAGCAAAUUUAUAUUCAUCCGCAAUAAUGAAAUCGAUUUCUACAUAUCAACCAUUUACUUAUCGAAAUCCUGUGGCUACUGGAACAAGAAAUGGAUUCUCUCCCGGAGCUCCGGUUAACUUAUAUAAUACGAGUAGAUGUACUCAGAGAGAAGUGUCUUCUCGAAAUAGUACCACUCCUAGUUCGUCUAGAUUUUUGUCCCAUUCAAAUACAGGCUCCGGAUCAUCCUCUUUAUCUUCUGGAAGUAACAUACGUAUGAAACUUUCCGACUGCCUCAUUCAAAACGGUGUUCCGAAUAUCACAAAUCAACCAAUUAAACUGCAAAUUAACCAAAAGAAAAACCAAGUUGAUAAACAGCCUCUAGUCAAUUCAAUGAAUUGUCAAUCAUUUAUGCAACCAACUGUGUGUAGAUCACUACAGAAACAAAUUUCAAGGGACCCUGGAAGUGGUGGGCCUGGAGUUGCUACAUCAAAUCCAUCUACUGUAACGUUGGAUUCUAUUAUUACAGAAUAUUUAACAAAUCAACACGCGUUGUGUAAAAAUCCUAUGGUUACUUGUCCACAAUUUAAUCUCUUUGAACCCCAUAAGUGUCCGGAUCCUUGUACAAAAAAUUCAAUUCCCACAAAUGUAACAGUAAGACUGGCUAGAAGAGCAUUAGGAAUAGACGGUAGGAGAUUGGAUAGAAGACAUAUUUAUAGCCGAUUUUGUCCUGUUAAAACUUUCCGGCCUACGGACGUUGGAACUUUUACCUGUUGCAUCUUUUCGCCCUGCCAGCAAUAUUUAAUGUUAGGUACUUACGCAGGAGAUGUAAAAAUGUUUAAUGCGCAUACAGGGCUAGAGGAAGCAACGUAUCCAUGUCAUGAAUCUUAUGUUUAUCACAUGGAAUGUAAUCAACGUGGAAAUUUAUUGUUAACUUCUACCGCAUGGAGAAGUCCUAUGUCUGCAUUGUGGAGUAUAGGAACCUUCUUUGAUUUGAAAUUAUCUUUAGAAAACGAAGAUUAUGUCGAAUUCGGUAAACUUCAAGACAGAAUUAUUGGAACCCAAGGUGAAAGUGCAACUAUUUAUGACAUAGCUACUGGAAAAUUAUUAAGUACCCUUACCCCUUCAAUCUCCAAUCAAUACACCAAAAAUCGUGCAACAUUUAGUAUGAAUGAUGAAUUGGUUCUCAGCGAUGGAAUUCUUUGGGAUGUAAAUUCAGGGAAAGAAAUUCACAAGUUCGAUAAACUGAAUCAAACACUUAAUGGAGUUUUUCAUCCAAAUGGCACUGAGGUAGUAUCGAAUACAGAAGUUUGGGAUUUAAGAACUUUUCAUCUCUUAAAAACAGUACCAACGCUUGAUCAGAUGGAAGUAAUUUUUUCUCCAGUUAAUAACAUUAUAUAUGCUGUAUCUUUAGAUCAAGAAAAUGGAGAUGAAUCGCAUUAUGUUACUUCAUUUAAAACGUUAGAUGCUUUAGAUUACAAUAAUAUCGCAACUUGUGAUGUCAAAAGAGGAAUUUACGGAUUGGCUUGUAAUAAAUUUGACACUCAAAUAGCAAUCGUUGAAAAUCAAGGUGAAUUUGAUAGCAUCCAGGAAUCCUGCGUUAGGCUGUACGAUGUUGGAAGAAGAAGAGAUGAUGAGAACGAAGCGGAUGAAGAUGAUGAUGAAGAUGAUCUUGAUGCAAGCGAUGAUGAUGGCUCAAACUCGGCUUCUGACGAUAAUAAUGCUGAUGACGCAGACAACGCAGAUGUGGUAGCAGAAGAGAAUGGCGAUGAAAAUGAGCGAAACGAUAGUGAGAAUAACGACGACGACGACGAUGAUGAAGAUGCAGUCGAUGGAGACGAUGCCGGAGGAGAUAUAACAGAUUAUAGUAGAUCACCUGAUUCUUCUGAUUUCUCUCUUUCCGAUGUCGAUGAUCUUGAAAUUCUUUUUCCAUAAAUGUUCUCAAAACAGAAAUACAAUCAAUCAACAAAUUCAAUACAUUAAAAAUAGAGAUUUAUUUCAUUAUUGGUCAAUCAGCAGGCUGAAAGGGGUUUCACCAUAAAAUAAUUCUUUUUAAUGUGUAAUUGGCGAACAUAUGUAUUUAAAAACGAAUACAAAUAUUAUAAUACUUUUAUAUUUAUCUUAUGUAUAUUUUCAUUACAAAAUAUGAAACUUUAACUAAGCAAUUGAUUCUGUAAUUUUAAAUUUUCAUUUAGAAAUAUUAACUAAAUGCUGGUUCAUUUUAUAAUAAAUUAAUUUUUGAAAUAUGAG